AUGUCACGUUUUAGUUUUUCACAAAUUUUAUCAUUACGUCAAUUUGCUACAAAUGUUCCAAAACCAAAAAUAGGUUUGUGUGAUGGAUUGACAUCUGGCCAAAAAAAAACAAUUGGAGUUUGGUUGUUAGGAUGUGCUGGUAUGGUUUAUGGAGCUGUAGCUUUAGGUGGAUUAACAAGACUAACUGAAUCUGGUUUAUCAAUGGUUCAGUGGGAUUUAAUUAAAACAAUGAAGCCACCUAUUACACAAAAAGAUUGGGAAGAAGAAUUUGCUAGAUAUAAACAAUUUCCUGAAUAUAAAUAUAAAACAAAAACAGAUGAAAUGACAUUAAAAGAAUUUAAAUUUAUUUUUUAUAUGGAGUAUUUUCAUCGAAUGUGGGGUAGAGCUAUUGGUAUUGCCUUCUUAUUACCAUGUGCAUAUUUUUGGAUGAAAGGACGUUUUACAAAACCUAUGAAAAUACGAAUGGCUGUUUCUAGUGGUUUAUUAUUAGCUCAAGGAGGUAUUGGUUGGUGGAUGGUUAAAUCGGGUCUUGAUCCAUCAAAUAACUCUAAUAAAGAUAUUCCAAGAGUCAGUCAAUAUAGACUUGCUACACAUUUAGGACUUAAUUUUGUUCUAAAACCUGUUGAUCAUUCAAAUGUUCCAAAAUUGGGGCGUUUUAUUGGUUUAGCUCAUACCAGUAAGGCAUUAAUUUUUAUUACAGCAAUGAUUGGAGCUCUGGUUGCUGGUUUAGAUGCAGGUCUUGUUUAUAAUUCUUGGCCAAAAUUUGCUGAAACAUGGAUACCAGAAAAUAUGUUAUCGAGGUCACCUUCAUGGAGAAAUUUUACUGAAAAUCCUGUUACUGUACAAUUUGUUCAUCGUAAUAUGGCUUACCUUACACUUAUAGUUAUUACUUCUACUUGGAUAAUUGGUAGAAGAAUGCCAUUACCACCUAGAACAAGAAAGGCUUUAGCUGGUCUUGUUAUGAUGGGUUAUACACAAGCAGCUUUAGGAAUUUUAACAUUAAUAUACUAUGUCCCGGUAUCACUUGCAGCAUGCCACCAAUCUGGUUCAAUGGCUCUCCUUUCCUUUUCACUUUGGCUUGCAAGUGAAUUAAAAAGAAUUCCAAAAUGA